AUGUCAUCGCUGUAUCUUACCGAUUCGUCUCCUUCAUCCCUCUUCCCUCCGUCCUCCCUCCGUCCUCCCUCCGUCCUCUCUCCGUCCUCUCUCCGUCCUCUCUCCGUCUUCCCUCCGUCCUCCCUCCCCCGUCUUCCCUUCCGUGCCUCCUCCCUCCUCCUUCAUUCCUCCUCCCCCUGUCCUCUCCAAGGAGCUAGUGGGAUCGCGCAAUUCCAUCAAUUUAACGCACAUGGCUCAUCCAAGGAGCUGCAUCUAGCCAAGGAGCUGGUGCGAUGGCGGAGAGCCAUCGGUCGCAUGCACGAGCAGAAGGCACAGACGAACUCCCUCUCCUCUUCCUUGUUGGCUCUCCCUUUCACCCCUUCCCCCCCUCACAUCUCCAAUCCCCCAGCAUCUAGCCAGGGAUCUUCGCUCAUACAUCUAGCCAAGGAGCUGGUGAGAUCACGCAAGGCCAUCAGCCGCAUGCACGUGACUCAUGUAAACCCCCCUCUUCUCAACCCUCUCUCCCUUCCUCUAUUCCUUCCCCUGCUCCCCCAGCAUCUAGCCAAGGAGCUGGUGCGAUCAAGGAAGGCCAUAAGCCGCAUGCACGAGCAGAAGGCACAGAUGAACUCCAUCUCGCUUCACCUGGGGGAGAACAUUGGUGAGUGGGGGGUGCAAGAGGAGGGAGUGGACAGGGGGAAUGAAUGUGGGGGUAGUAGGAGGGAUCACGCGCUGAAGGCUCAGAUGAACUCCAUUUCGCUGUGCCUGGGAGAAGGGAGAUGCCUGGGGGAGAACAUCGGUGAGCGUGAGGAGGAGGGGUGGGAGUGGGUGGCUCUAAUGGACCUCACGCCCUUCCUCACGAGUAUGGCGAAGGUGGCAGGGCACAUGGCCAAGAGCGCAGAUGUGAUGAAGCUGAUCAACAUGUGCUCACAAUUCGUUCUCUCCCCCAAAUCCCCCCCUUGCAAUCCCUUCCGACCCCUCCCAAACCCACCAGCCAUGGCGAAGGUGGCAGAGCACAUGGCCAAGACCAUGGCGAAGGUGGCAGAGCACAUGGCGAAGAGCACAGAGGUGAUGAAGCUCGUCAGCGGGCUGACCAUGGCGAAGGUGGCAGGGCACAUGGCGAAGAGCACAGAGGUGAUGAAGCUCGUCAGCGGGCUGAUUAAAGUGCCGCAGGUGGUUGCCAUGGCGAAGGUGGCGGGGCACAUGGCGAAGAGCACAGAGGUGAUGAAGCUCGUCAGCGGGCUGAUCAAAGUGCCGCAGGUCGCGGGCACGAUGCAAGAAUUAUCCAAAGAGAUGAUGAAGGCUGGUCUUAUAAGUGAGAUGCUUGAAAAGGUGCUGGACAAUGCUUUGGACACGGAGGAGAUGGAGGAUGAAAUGGAAGAGGAAAGGAGCACAACCCAAUUUCCCCACCUUUCCUCUGUUUUUCCCUUCGUCCUUCCUAUCCAGGCUGGUCUUAUCAGCGAGAUGCUGGAAGAGGCAGUGGACGAUGCUCUAGACACGGAGGAGAUGGAGGGUGAAAUGGAGGAGGAAGUAAUAAGGUUCCUGAUGAGCUGGAGGAGAGGAUCACAACCCGAUUUUCCUGCCUUUUCCCCUCUGUUUACCUCCUCCUCUCCCUGUCUUCCUGUUCAGGCUGGUUUAAUCAGCGAGAUGCUGGAAGAGGCCGUAGACGAUGCUCUAGACACCGAGGAGAUGGAGGAUGAAAUGGAAGAGGAAGUGAACAAGGUUCUUGAUGAGCUGGCGACGGAAGCUACUGCACAGCUUCCCACGGCGGUGCGGCAAAAGCAGCGGGCGGCAGAGGCAGCAGGGGUGGAGGAGGAGGAUGAGAGGGUGCCUCAGAUGGAGAUGGGGUUGGGAGCGGACGAUGAGGCGGAAUUGGCUCGGCUUAAAGCCAAGUACAAGUGA